AUGGACAAAAAAUCAGUCAAUAGUAAUGAAGUGAAUGAUAAAAAUCAAACACAAAGCACUGCAGAAAUUGGCAUAACAAAAAAAGAACCUGACAGUGUGUCAGGUGUAAAUACCACUGAUCUCAAAAAUGCAAGCUCCGUGAAGAACAUAGAGGAAACCAAGAAGGAAGAGCCAGAAGGAGGGGAAGCCAAGAAGGAAAAGUCAGAAGGAGAGGGAGCCAAGAAGGAAAAGCCAGAAGGAGGGGAAGCCAAGAAGGAAGAGCCAGAAGGAGGGGAAGCCAAGAAGGAAGAGCCAGAAGGAGGGGGAGCCAAGAAGGAAAAGUCAGAAGGAGAGGAAGCUAAGAAGGAAACGUCAGAAGGAGAGGAAGCCAAGAAGGAAAAGUCAGAAGGAGAGGAAGCCAAGAAGGAAAAGUCAGAAGGAGAGGAAGACAAGAAGGAAAAGACAGAAGCCAAGAAGGAAGAGGAAGCCAAGAAGGAAAAGUCAGAAGGAGGGGGAGCCAAGAAGGAAAAGUCAGAAGGAGGGGGAGCCAAGAAAGAAAAGACAGAAGGGGAGACAGCCAGAGGGAAAACUCAAUAUGAUCCUUCUGGUAUGAAGGAUGAGGCAGAAAGCAGUCACUUCUUCGCUUACCUUGUCUGUACAGCUGUGCUAGUUGCUGUACUUUACAUCGCUUACCACAACAAACGCAAGAUAAUUGCCUUUGUUGUAGAAGGAAAGAAAUCCAGAUCCACACGUCGACCUAAAUCCACAGAAUACCAGAAGCUGGAACAGCAAAUAUGACCCCAACUCUUUCUUCUGAAACCAUUGCCUCGAGCAGCUGAAAACACUGUGGUUUGUGUGAGAACAGGGCGAGUGGAUACUAGCGUUUUGUUGUGUUGUGAUUUGCACUUUUAGAUGCUUAUUGCAUGAUUAUGUAGAUGACCCUAUUGCCUUUAAUGAAUGGAUUAAUGACAUGCAGUGAAGGUAAGAUGAGCUUGCCUUUUUUGCACUUGUCAUUCAACUUUUGUGCUGACUCAGGAUAUUUCAGUAGCAGAUGAAAAUAUUAACCGUUUGGAUGCCAGUGUGUGAUCCCACUGUGUACAAUUUCUGUGAGGAUUUAUACUAUUUAGAUGUGUUAAAGUAAAAGCAUCAUAAUGGGAUUUCUGCUUGAGUCCACAACCAUAUGCUUUUGGCCAGUUGAAUGUAAUAGCAGCCUUUAUUUUGGAAUGAGAUGCAAGCAUACCUCACCAACUUUAACUUCUUGAAGGCUGAGGCUUUAAAAUGCUGAUCACAUAAUCGAUACUUAAAGUAUAGUUCAGCAUUUUGUGAAAUAUGCAUAUUUGUUUUUUUACUGAGGGUAAAAAAAAAGCUCAACAAUACUCAUCUGUCUGGUUAAUUUAACGUUAAGACUACAGUCAGCCAGUUAGCUUAGCCUAGCAUAAAAACUAUACUGUCUUUUCUCAGAUGGUAACAAAUUCGACUUUCCAGCACCUUUUAAAGCUCAUUUAUUAACAUCUUUUUAAUCCAUACAAUCCUUAAGAGUUAAAUGACAUGUUGCAGUUUGACAAGGAGCUGUGUGCUCCUUCUAAACUAAGCAAAGCUAACUGGAAGCUGGCUGUAGCUUCACAUUUAAUAUAUGACUUGAGAAUGGUAUUGAAAGUGAACAAAGAUACAGUAUCUCCCAAAAAGUGUAAAUAAUUGAGUGAAAGUUUAACUGCAGUCAGGGUAUUGGGUUCACAUGUAAAUGAUCCAUCUGACCAGACUAUGACAUGCAAAACAAUCUGUGUAGUGUAACUGCUAUUGUUAUGCUGAAUUAUGUGGAAGCUGCCAGUCUGCUUACUGUAUGGCUGCCCCACACCUCGGCAUCUUGUUAAUUUUUGUACCACUUGUUGCUUUUCAGUGGCAAUACUCUGAAAUGUUGUUUUAAACUAAGAAUAAUUUUGUGAGGUGAAACUUUCAGCUGUUGGCAGUGCACUUAUGGAAAAAUGUCUCUGGGGUAGGGUGACCACUAAAACAUUAGGUUUUAUCUGUACUCUAGAGUGGAUAUACGUGUUCAUGCAUACAUGUGCCAAAUGAUGAUUUUAAUGUGAUUCAGUGUGUCAUUUUUGUACUUUUCCUUUUUCUAAAUUAACUCUACCAGACCAUGGUCAUAAUAUAUGGAAACAUCUUUCUAUAACAAAAAGAAAAAUAGCUGUUUUUUGUUUUGUUUUGUUUUUUAUAAGCACCAGAAUGAGGUACAACCUAUCAUGAGUUAUUUCUUCUUACAGUCCGGUUCAAAGUAGUACUGGGGAUUUGAAGAUGUCUAAUGACCACAGAGCUAAGUAAAUAAGAAUAAUAAUAUUUUCUUGGUUGGGAAUGGCUCUCCAUACAAACAUCCUGCUGUCUUUCAAAUGUGUUUGCACUGAACCAGUUAAGAUGGAUGCUGAUUAUCAAAUAAAAGCUGCUUGUACUUUUUAACAAAGUGAGUUGGAUUCCUUAACAGGCCUCACAGUCACAUCUGGAGCCUGUCGCAUACAUGCCUAUAAUCAGUGGUACUGCUAUUAAUACAAAGUAAGUAAAACUACAAAUACAUCAAUGUAAAUAUAAUCCAGUACAGGUUUAAGUCCUGCAUUCAAAUUGUACAGAGUAUUAGCAAUAUAUACCCAAUUAUGAAUAAUGGGGUAGAAAAGAACCAAAAAAGCAAAUGAAUUUCAGAUUAAAACAUCUAACUUGUACCACUUUUGACAUAGACAGUCUUGUAGGAUUAUUUUUCUGCAGUUGUUUUUAUUAAAUAUUGGAUAAUCUGACCUCAAACUUCUCACUAUAGGCCAGUGACUUUUUUGAUAAGUGGUAGGCAAGAGCACUGGGAAACACUGGAUUAAUCAACUUUAAUGUACCAUCUUAUUCUGAAAAAUAAGAAGUCACGUUGUCAAAUAAAUAUAGCGGAGUAAAAAGAAUAUGUUCCUGAGAAACUGAGUGUAGUAAUAUGUUGUAUAAAAUUGAAAUGCUCGUCCUACCACAGUACAAUGCUUGAAUAAAUGUAUUUAGUUAAAUCCCAUCACUGCCCUUAAGAAACGAUGAGGAAAGAAAAUAAACCUUUGUUUCUUUCCAUGUCCAACCUGUAUUUUAUUAUUUCCACUGUACAUGGGCGGCCAAGUAGUACAC